GACUUAACACCAAAGCACGCAGUGAGCGUUCGAAUUGAUGGCAAGCAAGCCUUCCAUUCCACGGAAAGCCGAGCUCGCAGUGCUCAGCCGACACGAAACACGCACACGUGGACGCACAGCGCACAUGCAUGGAUGGAUGGACGGAUGGAUGUGACUUGAGAGGGAAGGAGAGAGGAAGGGCCUCUGCCGUGCAGGCAGAGGAAUGGAUGAGACAGGUGUCUGGCUCGCUGGAUGGCUGGAUGGCUGGCUGUACGCGCCGAAUGAAGAAAAAAACCCACAAGGCACACAUCCAGACACCGCACGCACACACGGAUGGAUGGAUGGACGGUUUAUUAGCAGCGACGUGUGUACACAAGCAGCACGAAAAAACCCUAUCGUUGCGCGUGAGUGUGUGAGCGGUCACUAAACGACACGGACGAAAACACGUAUGCACUUGACAGCAAAAAGUGACGCCAAAACAUGCAGACAGACAGGCCAAUCUCAUCUCAUCUCAUCUCAGCAAAAUGCCGGCAAAGUGCGUGCCGACCUUCUCCACCGGCUCUGCAAGGGCGUUCUUGAGGUAGCAGCAUGUGCCGGUGCCGGUUCCUUCGCAAUUUCUGAUGUACUGGUAGGCCAGGCAGUCGUCCGUCUCGACGCACUUGUUGGCACACUGGCCCUCCUGCAGGUUGCGAAAGGGGUCGCCCUCGUUGAUGUUGUUGCCCUCGCCGUAAUCCAUGUUGGGCUUGACCGCAAAGCAGUGAUCCACAUCGCCGAGGACCACCUUCCGACCAGAGAAGACCUGACAUGACCACACACAGAGAGAGGCGGAAACCCCCAUCUGUGUUGGACUGCUUGUGUGUGGCUGGUAUGCUCUCCCUCACCAUUUCUGCGCCCCUUUCGACCGCCUUGAGUGACUUGAGGUAGCAGCAGUUGGCCUGGUUGCCGGUGCACUGAGGCAGGAAGGUGUACCCCCCACACAUGGUGUCAGCGAGACACGCCUCGGCGCACUCGCCCUCGCUGUAGUCGGGAAAGGGCUCCUUAACGAGGUCUUCGCCGAACGGCAGGUCGUUCAACGGCAGAAACUGGAAGCACUCCACAUUCUCUGGUCAAUCAAUCAGAUGGAGACAUCGCCGUGUGUGGGGGUCGAUCGUGUCUAUGUGGCUGUGGCGUACGUGAGCAUCCGAUGUCGAGCUCGAGGAGGCCGGAUGAGCCGCCCAACCCACCCGCGACAAUGUAAUAGGUACCCGCACCGAGGGUCCUCUUGAUAGCUGGCCGACACACACACACACACGCUCGCACCCCAAUGCACAGCGAUGCGAUGCCUGCCGUCUCUUUGGCUUUCUGCGUGUCGCUCACAGGCGCACUCGUAGUUCCCACAUGCGGCGGGCGAGAUCGCGGCACCUUGGCUCUCGUCACUUGUGGCAAUGCACGACGACGCCCCGUCCCCCGAACAAUCGCUCACCAGGGCGACCAUGGCGUUUGGGACGGAGGUCUGUUCUCGCGGCACCGUCAGUGCGGCGGCGACUGUCUGUUUGGAGGGGAUGGUGGAUGGGGGUAUUCUGAACUUGAAUAUGCGGGUGUGGGUGCUGGCGUUGAAGGACCCGCAGUUGCUUAGGAAACCUGUGCCGGCAUCUGCAGCCGAAGACACACGGAUGGCACAUGCUAUGCAUUCAGAAUGAGGGCGCGGCGAUCUCGCUUUGCCUGUUUCUGAGGGUAUGUGGGUCAGGAUGGUAUCGCCACAGCCGUACUCCUUCUCCUCGACCACCCCAUCCGCAACCAGCGAUGCAUCACACUCUGCAUUGCAACCAACCACACACAAAGCCAAUGAAUGCGCGCCAUGCCAAAGGUCUCCCACAGCCCGUCGGCGCUCACCAGCGAAAGUGCUGUUGGGUGCCUGCGGUAGCAUUUCGCCGUUCAUGAGGGCAAAUGUCGCCGUAAAGGCUCCUUCCAGGUGCUCGACACCAUCGUAGGUGAGGGGGAUGGCCGUCACGGACACCUGACGCUCCUGCUCUUCCAUCAGGCUGGCGACAUCCUCGUCAAAGCACGACAGCACCUUCUUGCCACUGCCACCGCCACACAGAAAAAAGGGCUCCAUAGCUGAACGAAAACACACCACAGCAAAAGGCAGACAGGUGUGUGUGUGGAUUUGCGUGUCUGUGUGUGUGAUCCCCGGUCCGCUCACUGUCUAGUCUGGUGGUCCAUCUGGUAUGAUCGCCAAGGGUCAUCCGGAGGUCCUGUGUGGCGAACCGGACGGCCUUCGUGGAUGCCGUCGUCUCGGCCCGCACGUUGAACAGCGGAAACCGUGGCAGGUUGAGAUUCACGACAUCGUUCUGCAUGUACGUGUGGCGCAGCAGAGACUCCGACUCAGAGGGAAGGUGCGUGUCGCUGGUCACGGUGAUUGACAGCACUUUCGGCUCCGCGUCUAACACACACACAAACAUACAGAUAUUCUCUCCUUUCCUCUCGGCGUAAGUGUAAUCAAUCGCCUGGCUUACGUGGGUCGAGGUUCUUGAUUCGGACGGGAAUACAAGGAGGGGGCCGUCGCACUCCGUUCUCGAAACACAGGUUGUUCGCCUUGAGGAUCGCAUCAUCACAGCACUCUUCGGACCCUCCCGCCAGCAUGUCGCAUCCGGUCUUUCCGCAUGACCCACACGUCGUUGGGCAACACACCGUCCGCUCAGCGUUGAGAAGCCCGGGGGCCGCCUCGCACGACGAGUAGGUGGGCGAAUAGUCUGCAGACACAAUAAUGAAAAUUGUUGGGGAGCUGUGGCUGCAGAAGGGUGAGGUACAGAAACACCCAUACUGUCUGCUAUGCAGGGUGCUUCGCCCUCAUGGCAGGAGCGGCCCGCUUCGGCUAUCUUCUCGGGACAGCAGCCAUCCUCUUCUUCCGCCCGGGUGCCGCAGCUGGACGCGUCGCACUUGCUGCACCCCGGGGCACAACAUGCGAACCUGCGGCCCACCACAAGAUGUCACAUUGUCACGUGCGCACCGAUGGAUGUGGUGCUCUUCCACUGACCAGGUGGGGUCCAAUGUGCCCCCCAGCUCAUUGCAAACAGUCGUUGAGAAGAGCAGGUGAUUCUCACCGUUCCCAUCAGCCGCUAUUGGAUAGCGCUGCACCUGCUGCACCUCUGCCCGCAGAGCCGCCCUUGCAGCCUUCCCUUCAUCACACAGCGGCAGUGUGCCCUUCUGACGCCACUGCUCAGCGACGGCUGGAGAGGCGCUCUGCAGCAGCUUUUCGGGCAGCUCCUCGGCUCCACCUUCUCGGCACAGUCGGCAGCAGGAAAGGCCGAGGGCGCCGCAGCCAUGCGGCCGUUGACUGCCUUCUGAGUCCCGGCAGUCGGGGUCGUACAACAAUUCGUGCUUCUCGCAGGUGGCUCGCCGGCAUACCUCGGCACCUGAUCAAACAAAGGGGUGAAGAAGAAAGAGGGGUCCGAUCAGCAGGCUCCAUUCAGCUGCGUUGUCUUCCUCACCUCUCGUCUGCCGACUAUCAGGGGCCGUUUGGCCGUGACCCACGACCAGAAGGCUCACGGCCAGCCUAGCGGCAAAGUGCCAGGUCAUCUCCAUCGCCACCAGCGGCAAAGUG